UCCAAGGACCCUCUCUUCUGGCGUAAAAUUGACAUGCGCAUCGACGGCGAUCUCGAAGAGUGGGACUACGAGGACAUGUUCCGCCUCGCCGUUGAUCGGAGCUCCGGUAAUGUCGUCGAUAUCAGUAUCGAGCACUUCGGCACCAAUGAACUACUCGCCUUUAUCACCAAAAGAGCGAGUAAAAUCAGGUGCAUCCGACUGUUAUCUUGUAAUGGUGUAUCGGAUGAGGGAUUGAGUAGAAUGGCUUUGAAACUGCGGUUGUUGGAGGAACUUGACAUUUCCUUGUGCAUGUGGAUCUCACAUGAAGCUGUGAGAGCGGUUGGGCGCGCUUGCCCACUUUUGAAGUCGUUCAAGUUCAACAAGGAGUGGUGCAGAUUCUCUGAUGAUGAGUCUGACUCUGAAGAGAGUGAGCCUGAUCAGCAUGAUGCGUAUGACUUUGAUCAUCAUGAUGCGUAUGACUUUGAUGAUGAUUUUGCACCAUUUCCUUUUGUUCAUGCUCCUUUAUUUCAUGCUCCUGUUGCUCGUGCUCCUGUUAGAAAAGAUGAGAAUGCAGAUGCAAUUGCUAUAGCAGGAACAAUGCAAGGAUUACAUCACCUCCAGCUUUCUGGGAACAAGCUUACAGAUGAUGGCUUGAGAAAAAUUCUUGAUUCUUGUCCUCAUCUUGAGUCACUUGAUCUUCGCCUUUGCUUCAAUCUCAAUAUGGGGAUAGAUUUGGAAACAAGAUGUGCUGAACGGAUUAAAAGGCUUUGGCUUCCCCAUGAUUCCAUAGAGGGAAAAGGAUUCACCUCUAGAUCAGAUGGAUACUGCUUUAAAUGGGUUGAACUUCCAGAUGACGUUACUAUGUCGAUACUGUCACGGCUUGGAACAGUUGAUAUCCUGGACAAUGCUCAGAAGGUAUGCAUGAAGUGGCGCAAAAUUUGCAAGGAAAUGAAGUGGACCACCAUAGACAUGCGCAAUGAUUUUGCUCCCGACAUUACCUUCGACUUUGAUAAGAUGUGCCACCAUGUUCUUGAUCUUAGUUGUGGUAAUUUGGUCGAUGUGAAUAUGGAGGACUUAAUUUCGGAUGAUCUCCUAAACCAUAUUACUGAUAGUUCUAGUGGGAUCAGACGCCUGCGACUUGCGUGUUCUUAUCACAUAUCAGAUGAGGGUUUGAUUGAAGUUGCAUCAAAACUCCCACUGUUAGAGGAACUUGACAUCUCAGUAUGCGAAAAUCUUUCGCAUAAACCUGUGAGAGUGCUUGGGCGCUCUUGCCCUCUUUUGAAAUCAUUCAGGUUGAAUAAAAAAUGGCAUAAAUAUUCAGACGAUUUUUUUGAAGAGAUUAUUGACGAUGAUGGUCCUUGGAGUAAAGAUGACGAUGCACUUGCUAUAGCAGAAACCAUGCGUGGUUUACACCACCUGCAGCUUUUUGGGAAUCAGCUCACCAAUGUUGGAUUAAGGGCGAUUCUUGAUGGUUGUCCUCAUCUCGAGUCACUUGAUCUUCGUUAUUGUUUCAAUCUUAAUCUGGAGGGAGAUUUGGGAAGAAGAUGCAGUGAACAAAUUAGAAAAUUGUUGCUUCCCACAGAUUCCAUUGCUGGUUAUGGAUUGAUGCCUUCUACAGAUUGGCAACCUCCCAGGAGGCCGAGUCCCCCGUCACCUAAACAUUGGGAAUUCUGGAACUGGGACUCUGAUUGAUUAUUGAGCGGCUCUUCCCAUGGUUUUGAAGAUUGUGUUGUGUCAUGUGGGAUUGAUAAGAUGGACACUCAAACUGCUGAACUACCUGGGACAUAGCGGUCUUGAAUUUGAAUG